AUGUGGCCGGCUUCGACGAGCACCACCUUCAGAGACGACGAGCUCAGUUCUCCCGAUCCUCUUGCAUCCUCUUUUAAUGACGAAAUCAACAAAACCAAUCUCACUCAUGGAAACCUUCGCUCCCCAAGAAAACAAUCUGCCACCGUGACCCGAAAUAAGGGGACGAAUUCAAGGGCAGCAUCGCUUGAACACAUCCCAAUCCCGUCAUCCCCUUUUCGGACGGUGUCUGAACAAAAUCUCAGUCCCUGGAAAAUCACAGUCACUGUCGAAGCCGAAGCCGAACACAUGGACUCUGAAGGGCCGGCCACGAGAACCAUGACGCGAACUAUGAAGGUGCCGUUGCGACAAGACUCUCCACCUCUAGGUGCAGCUUUGUCUUCCAGAGGGAGAAAGUCCCAAUCGCCACCUAGCAAGAGCAAACGAAGCCCCACCCCUGUUCGCCGACAGAGAGGCAAUAGCCGAACCAGAAGAGUGAGUGUGACAGAUCUCGAUGCGAGGCCUUUGGGCGACGAUGCCGAUAGCGACGAUUGGACGAAACAGAAGAAGAAGUCUUCCCCGCGCAAGAGAAGGAGCAAUCGCACUCGAAAGAAUUCUUUAGGAAUAGAUGGCGACCCUGGCACAGACUCAUCUCCUGCAAAACCCUCCCGAAGGAGACAGUCGGCUGCGGAGUUCGAAGUUAGGCAGGAUUCCGAUACUGCGUUGAAUGAUGAAUGUGAUAAGCCAGAAGUAUCUUUGUCAGAAAGAGGAUCCCCAGAGCUACGCCAACUUGACCUCAACAGAGUCUCGGUGCGGCAGCGUGUUAUGUCAACCAAAUCCACAAUGGAGGAACACCAGGAAAUCAAUAACUCUGGCUUACUGCCGGGGAAGCCAUUCAGAAGCCCAACCAAUAAGCCUGUCGAUGUCCGCAAAGUGUCGGUUAACAGCGCGAUCAGUUACCCAACUCCUUCGCCUACAUCAUCCUAUCAUGGUGGUUCUGACGAUUUUGGAGUGGUUGGCCACGAAGAAGGCAUCCCCGAAGUAGCACACGCAGGCCUUGAUACAGUUUUGGAGAGUGAAGGUUUCACAAUGAUCGACCUGGACACUCUCCCCUCAGCAAGGCAAUAUCUCAGCCCUAUCGAAGAUGCAGCGGAGCCCAAUGAUCGAGCCCCAGAGCAGUCCAUAUUAAGCCCGCAAACAUCGUCGAGUGCAGUCGAUGCUAAAUCGGAGAGCACUGACAGCGCUGAGCAGGCAGCGAAACCUCCACCGACUAUCGAUUAUCCGGUCCUGAAUAUCGACGAGACUGAACUGUCUAGCACUGUACCAUCAUCACCUCCGGUUUCAGAGAAGGAGAAAAGUCUGCUUCGAAUACCAACAUCGAACCUUCGCAAAGUUACUCCUACUACAAUUUCCUCUCCCAAGCUUCCAUCUCCACCGAAACAAGUGACUCGGAGGACACCACAACAUCAACACCGUGGAUCUGCGGGAGCUGUGUUUGCAGGUAUCGCGUUGCAAGACGUUAUAUCUCCUGAUCAUCCUAGCCACCCGAGUUCAGCGAGAGGAAAAGCACCCACAACACGAAGUGUGGAAGACGAUGGAAUAUUUGGAGGGUUUGAUGCUGGGACAAAACGUGAACUUCGUGCAGGACUUCGAUUUGGCGAGGAGCUUGCCAAACGACAAUCUUCUAGUCCACCGACCCAAAAUGAGGCCAAGAACGCCUUUGUUGAACCAUGGUCUACAAAGGUUGGUGCACCUGUAUUCGAAAAGCAAGUUGGUCAGGUAGCUAUCAGGCGUCAACCACAGACACAGAUCUGGCGUGGUGAGACAACAGUCCAGCGUACACCAGUUCAGAUAUCAAACCCAGCAAUCCCCAAGGAAACAAGUUGUCACAGCUCUUUCAUUCAAACGCCGCAGAAUCCGGUCUCACGAAAACAUGAACAGAAAUUAAUGGACACACAGGCUCGCCGUGAGCGUGAGUGGCAGCUAGAGAGGGAAGCCAUCUCACGACAAAUCCAGAAUGCCAGCGAGAGCCAAGUUAUUGUCAUUAACAGUGAUGAUGACGAGAGUCAGGGGGCAACGAGCAUGCCGGCUGACAUCGAAAUGGCCCACGACAUUGACGAACCACUUGAAGCCGAACCCAUCCCUUCAAUAUUGGAUGAUGAUGAUGAUGAUGAUGAUGAUGAUGAUGAUGAUGAUGAUGAUGAAGAAGAUAUUUGGUUGGCGGAAGCAAGAAACUCUUCUAGUCCGCACACUCAUCAACAGCAAUCUGUCCAACCUGGUAAGGCUGGAUUAAUCCCUAAACCAAGGCAACAGCAGCAGCCAGAAGUCGCUCGUGAAGUGGUGAGUCGACCACGACGAAGUUUGAUUCCAAGUCCUUGGAAAAGAGGGGACGAUGUACAUCCUCCGGAAGAACCAUCAGUCCUGCUCUCUCCCAACUUAGACGAUAACACUGGCAUAUCGUUCUGGGACCAUCAGCAGGAUGGAUUGGCCAAAAUUGGUGCUAGGAAUUCAGAACAAAAUCAAUUGAGACCCAGGAGGGGAAGUGGUAAAUUUGAUAUCGAAUUGAUGCUCGGCUCUCCCAAGAAGCAGCAGGAUCAAGACGCAAGGCUUGAUUUGACGGGGACAAAGUUUUUUAAGACCAUUGAAAAUGGAAAAACAUCUCGCGAAAUGGAUGAAGCCGAUACAGUCGACCACAGCAUGACCUCAACCAGACAAGAAGAGCAGCUUCGAGAUACCAACAAUACCACCUUUGGCGAACCUGAUGCUAUUUCGUCACCAGGACCUCCUUUGAGAAUUCCAGUCAAUUUUGAUGAUUCCUCCAUUGAUGCAUCGACAUUACCACAAAUGCAAGGCGAUGACAGACAUGGACCAGUACGGUUGCAAUCGCCAUUCAAGGACACGAACACCAGGUCUGAUUCUUCACCUCCCAGACCCACAACACCACGUUCAGCCAUGAAAGGGUCUCGGUUGACCUUUGGUCAAGACAUGCGUUUUGCGAGAGCAGACACCCCAACAGAGGGUCGAAAAGUGAUUUUCAGUGAGCGGUCGAGAGGUGUAGAUAUUCACGGAUUGGAGAGCAGCUUCAGCAUGAAAUCUGGCAGUGAUGAUUCCGUGGCAGAACAAUUACGAGAGGAGCUGGGCAGGGAGCUACAAGCACAUGAGGAUGAAAGCGUGGCUGAGAACGAGCAAGAAUCAAGCCCACAACAGAUUCCAGAGGCAACGCCUGUGGAAGCUCGUCCGGAGCCAGUUCGUUCAGACUCGAAAUUUGGCUGGAGUAAUUGGGCCUGGGGCAAGAACAAGACAAGUACAGAAUCACAACUUGUUCAGCAGUCCGACAGUCCCAGCAUGCCGACUCAGACUAAGUCAAGUAACCCACACUCCGUCACUGCGGAAGAGGAUCCGGCCAACCACCCAGCCUGGACACAGACAGUAUCUUCAAUUCCCUCAACCUCCUUGAACAGCUCUAAGCCCACCAACACAUCACUUACUACCCCGAAUGGCAUCAACCUACCUUCAUACCUCCUCCCGCCCUCAUACCCAUCUGACCCGACACGCUCAACCACCAGCCCUCUCGCAACCACGGGGACCUUCACCAACACACACUUCCGCACCUUACACAUCAUCUACCGCAAGUCUCUCCGCCCGAAAUUCCACGCCCCGAGACAUAUCCGUCCCUCCGUGCGGCGCUUGCUAGGCACGCAAAUGGAGAUUGACGAGUCGGAACAGGGGGUCGACCGUGGGGUCAUGACCUGGACGCUCGGCGAGGGAGAGUGUGAGGUCAUCGAGCGGUUCAUGCAGGAGGUUGAGAUGGAUUAUGGCGUGUUUCCUGUGUUUGCAUCAGACUCCCGUCGAGGAGAAGCCGAGGCAGAGCAUGGGAAACAGAAAGAGGUGCUUUGGGGCUGGAAUGUCGAACAACUCGCGCACUGGCUUUGCAGGAUUGUUGUUGGAGAGGUCGUCAGAGAAGAAGAGGCAAAAGCUAAAGCUAAAGCGAAGGCAGCGAAGACAAAGACAAAGACGACGGCAGCGGGAGCGGGAGCGGGAGCGAAUGAGAACAAAGCCAGGGCAGCAUGA